GUGGACGACAUCGGCGACGUGACGAUCACCAACGACGGGGCGACGAUCCUCAAGCAGCUCGAGGUGGAGCACCCGGCCGCCAAGGUGCUGGUGGACCUGGCCCACCUGCAGGACAACGAGGUUGGAGACGGCACUACUUCCGUCGUGAUUGUGGCGGCCGAGCUUCUGAAGCGUGCGAACGAGCUGGUGAAGAACAACAUCCACCCGACAACCAUCAUCUCCGGGUACCGCAUCGCCAUGCGCGAGUGCCUAAAGUUUAUCCAGGCCAACCUGAGCAUCAAGGUCGACCAGCUGGAGCAGGACAGCCUGAGCCAGAUCGCGCGCACCUCCUUGUCCUCGAAAUUCGUCGGGGGCUCCGACGAGCACGUCUUCUCGAGGAUCGUUGUCGACGCCGUCAGGGCCGUGAAGUUCAUGGGCUUCGAUGGCAAGGCGAAGUACCCCGUCGGCCAGAUCAACGUCAUCAAGUCCCACGGGCAGAGCUCCGCGGAGUCGAUGCUGCUGCCGAACGGGUACGCGCUGAAGCUGGGGCGCGCCUCGCAGGCCACCUUCCGCAACACGCGGCGCCUGGGCUUCACCACGGGGCUCGAAACCUCCAUCCGAGAUCUAGAUUUUUUCCGAAGUCGGAACAGGAACAGGGUCGGGGUGGAGCCAGAGGUCGAUGGGGUGCUUGCUCGUGGUGUCGCCGUCGUUCUUGGCGUAGUCGCCAUUCUCGGCGUCCUCGCCUGA